GGCCCCAAGCAAAAAAGCAUGGCGGCAUCAUGGCAAACAAUGCUCUCAGCCUCGCUUAGCUUUCACUCCACCACGCAUGAAACAGUGAGCCCUACUGCCACAGGAUACUUACUAGCUAGAUAGAUAGUAGAUAGAUCCUCACGAGUGGUUUGGUUAUCUGCUUCUCUCUCAUGCACAUUGCGUCUCUCUCCAGCCAUAUAUACUCACAGGCUCACAGCAAUUAGAGGGAGAGGAUAACAGGAGGAAUCUUUGAUAUAUAUAUAUAUAUAUAUAUAUCAGGGUGUGCUCCUCUGAACCUUCAAGUGGCUUCUGCCGAGGAAGAACAAGCUCUCUGAUCUGCUUUCUCUCUCUCCCUCGCACACAUUAGGCUAUCCUAGGUUGCAUUGCAAAGCUUGGAGGCUGAAGCAAAUGGCGUCCCGCCGGCGAGAUCUCGGCCGCCCGCUGCUGGUCGCGCUCUGCGUCGUGGCGCUCUUCGCCGUCGGAUCGGAGUCCCACGGCCUCGAGGACUUCCGCGAGGGGAACACCGAGGCGACGCCGGCGAUGGCUUCCUUCUUCGGCAGCAAGCCCGAGGCCGCCGAGCUCCCGGAGGCGCUCGACGCCUCCAAUGCCGCCGCCGCCACCGCCAAGCCGGAGGCCGCGUCGGCGAUCCCCAGAGCCACCGCCACCAUCACCGCGUCGGCGUCGUCGGCGCCGCCUCGCAGAUCCGUGUCCGUGGCCGCCGGCGUGGCGUGCGCCGUCGCGGCGGUGGCGGUGGUCGGCGUCGCGGUCGCCGUGGCGUACGUGGUGCGCGCCAGGCGCGCCGCGCGGCGCGAGUCGGAGGUCCGGCUCGGCUCGCCGUGAGCCGACGCCUCGGCUCGUCGGCGUUGGGUGGGCCCGCCUAUCAGAGGGCCGUUGAUGAUUAAUUACCAGCACCAUUAGGGUGGUAAUUUCCGUUUUAAUUACCUCGGUUGCUCCUAGUUUGAUGAUUCUUUCCUCUCUGUCAGUGUGUGUGUGAGUGAGUGUGCGUGCCAUGGACCAUUGGAGAACACAAUUAUCAGCACCCCUCUGUAACAUAAAUAAUGCUAUGGCAUGUAGUGUGUGACACUGUGAGACGUGUAAUCUUUAGGCUUUGCUACUGCAUCAGAAAAUUCAGGAUUUUGUUGAUGUCUCAAGAAAGUA